CCCGCCUCCAGGCCCAUCCCAAGAUGGCGGAGAUCCCCCUGUACUUUGUGGACUUGCAGGAUGACUUAGACGACUAUGGAUUUGAAGACUACGGUCCAGAUUGCGACAGCAUGAGGGUUACGGCCUUCUUGGACAUUCCGGGCCAGGAAAACCUGUCUCCACUCAGUCGCCUGGAAAAGUACGCUUUCAGCGACAACAUCUUCAACCGCCAGAUCAUCGCCCGUGGCCUCCUGGACAUCUUCCGGGACUUCAGCCACAGCGAGGAGGACUUCCUGACGGUCAUGGAGAUCGUGCUCAGACUGUCUGAAGAUCCAGAGCCCACAGUGCGGACUGAGCUGGUGGAGCAGAUCCCUCCUGUCGCCAUCUUUUUACAAGAAAACAGAUCAGAUUUUCCGCUGCUGCUGUCCGAGCACCUCACGCCUAUUGUUGUACGCUGCCUCGCGGACCCAAACAAUCAGGUUAGAAAAUCGAGUCAGGAAGUGCUCUUGGUUCUUCUGGAACAGGAUCUAAUUUUCCAGCAUGAUAUUGAAAAUAAAAUAUGUCCGAUCCUGCUGGCACUCUCUGCCCCCGACAGUGAUGAUGAAUAUAAAGCAGAAGCCGUGAACAUAAUCUGCAGACUGGCUUCCGUGCUGAGUGAGGGCACAGUCGAGCGCCUGCUGCUCCCGCGAUUCUGUGAGCUGUGUGUGGACGGGAAGCUCUUUCAAGUUCGGAAGGUGUGUGCUACAAAUUUUGGAGAUAUCUGUCACGCCGUUGGACAAGAAGCCACAGAGAAAUUUUUGAUCCCAAAGUUUUUUGAGCUCUGUUCGGACAAUGUCUGGGGGAUGCGCAAGGCCUGUGCCGAGUGCUUCAUGGCCGUGUCCUACAGCACGUCCCCCGAGGUGCGCAGAAGCCAGCUGUCGCCUCUCUUCAUCAGACUCAUCAGCGACCCCUGUCGAUGGGUGCGCCAAGCUGCCUUCCAGUCCCUUGGCCCCUUCAUUUCCACCUUUGCAAACCCCUCCAGGGCUGGCCUGUACGUUCGAGAAGACGGCACCCUGAGCAUUCGCCCGCCCGCUCGGGAUCUGGAGGCCGACUUCUCCCGCCGGUCACCCCGUGCGGGCCAGAGUGGUAACUCUGCCUCAACCCGUUCACCAAAGCCAGUGCACACAGAGCCGGGCCUGUCCGCAGAACGUACCUCGGCCAAAACCAGCUCUGUCCUGCCCAUCAGCAGCUCCUCUCUUGGCCUACCGGAAAAUCCAGUGGCAGACUCUGUCCUGGCAGGAGCUGGGUUGACCAGGCUGUCCCCAGAGGCCAGUGCCAUCUCACAGCUUCCUGACAUUCAUCUUAAAAAUCUCCCCGUCGAAAGCCAGCCUGGGCCAGAUUCCUGCGCCUGCCCAGGGGGGCCUGAGGAUACAUUCAAUAAUUUCCUUUAUUGGCGAACUCCUCUCCCUGAUAUAAGCAAGGACUUAGAGCUGUUGCUGAGCGAGGCCGGGCCGCAGGAGGAGAGCACUGGCCGACCCGAAGCUGUGCACAGUCACUGUGUGGCCAGGAGUGAGAUUCAGAAAGUCCUGGAGAGUUUGCAGGAGCAUAUUAUCAACAACCCGGACGUUCAAGCUCAAGUCCAGGUAUUGUCAGCUGCCCUGAGAGCUGCCCAGCUGGACUCUGUGAGCGAGCCCGUGUGCACGCCGGGAGGGCCCCACGGAGCCAGCACCUCGGACCCCAGCCCCAGCCCCGACGGGCCCAUGGCCGCACCCUCCCUGGACGGGCUCUCCAGGGCCAGGGCAUUGCAAAGCACAGAUCCAGGCCAGCCCCGAGGCGGCCCCAGUGGCUGUGUGGAGACCACGCAGGGACCUGACCCCAUCCUGAUUGAGGAGAAUAAAUCCAAAUUGCAGGACGUCAUUCCUCAGCCCCUGCUGGACCAGUACGUGUCCAUGACCGAUCCGGCGCGCGCCCAGACCGUGGACACAGACAUAGCCAAGCACUGUGCCUACAGCCUCCCGGGGGUGGCGCUCACGCUGGGCAGGCAGAAUUGGCACUGCUUGAAAGACACGUAUGAGACGCUGGCUUCCGAUGUGCAGUGGAAGGUGCGUCGGACCCUUGCCUUCUCCAUCCACGAGCUGGCCGUGAUUCUCGGGGAUCAGUUAACAGCCGCUGACCUGGUACCCAUCUUCAACGGAUUUUUAAAGGACCUGGAUGAAGUGCGAAUAGGGGUUCUUAAGCACCUGUAUGAUUUCCUAAAGUUGCUUCAUGAAGACCAGAGGAGAGAAUAUCUUUAUCAGCUUCAAGAAUUUGUAGUGACCGAUAACAGCAGGAACUGGAGGUUUCGGUAUGAACUAGCAGAACAGCUGAUCCUGCUCCUGGAGCUCUACGACCCCGGCGACGUCCACGAGCAUUUGGUGCAGAUCGCGCUGACGCUGUGCGCGGACAGGGUGUCCCGGGUCCGCGGCGUCGCCGCCAGACUAGUCGUGGCGAUUCUGCAGAAGUUCUCUUCCCACCGCGAGAGUGCCCUGGGCUUGGACUGCAUCAAUGAGCUCAUCCUGCGCUUCCGGCACUGCUCCAAGUGGGUUGGAAGACAAGCCUUCGCUUUCAUUUGUCAGGCGGUGGUGAGCGCCGAGUGCAUCCCCGUGAGCCAGUUUGUCGAACACUUACUCCCCAACCUUCUGAGCCUGGCGUCGGACCCCGUACCAAACGUCAGGGUUCUGCUCGCCAAGGCUCUGAGGCAGACGCUCCUGGAAAAGGCGUAUUUUAGAAAUGCCGGGAACCCUCAUCUUGAAGUCGUUGAAGAGACCGUCUUAGCUCUGCAGUCAGACCGGGACCAAGACGUUUCAUUUUUUGCCACCCUAGAACCCAAACGGCGGAAUACGACGGACACUGCUGUGCUAGAAAAACAGCAUUGACCGCCGUGCGGUCACUCACCAUCUGGUCAUUUCGUGCUGGCCGCCUCUUGUCUGCCACAGCCAGAGGGGCUGAUUGCCAUCAUGCCCGCAGAGGGGGGACAGACCUCAGGCUCGCUGAACCGUCGUUCCGUGUACCCCAGGUCCCCUUCCCUCGUAGUGCAGGCAGCCGGGGCCCCGGCAGCAGUGCCAGGGCCGGCCUGUGCUGCGCUUCCUGCUCCCGCUGCUGCCCCCAGAGCCAGCGGGUGCGCCCGGGAGCCUGUGCAGGGUGUGGCUGGGGAGGGCUGCCCGCGGAUGGGUGCCCCUCGAGCCGCAGGGGCCCUCGGGAAGUUUGUUUUCUAUUACAGACGAUAUUCGUUAGCCCCUCCCGCAAUAAAGUAGUUUAUUAGAAGCGUUAAGUCUUUAAUAGACUUGCAUCUUUGGCUUCCCUUAUACUUUCUGAUAAAAUAUAGUUUAUGGCAUUAUAUUUUAUUUUUAACUGAAAUACUGUACAUGUGUAAAUAACUCUUGACAGGAAGAAAAUAUAUUAAUGUAAUAUUAGCCUCCUAUCAGUGAACAGAACAAAUACAUCAUUUAAAUUUAUGCUCUCCUUUGAGUGGCUGCAAAUAGAGCUGGAUUUGUUUACUUUUGAAAAAUGUGAUAGUUAAAGAAAUCUACUAAAGAAUGAUUUAUGGCGGUCUUUCUAAUAUUGUACUUUUGUUAUGAGCCGUACUCGGAACGUUCCCUGGGGCACGCGACCCCCCCCCACUCCCUGCGGGGCUGUGUGCACGACGAUGGAUGUGUGCUGACGUGGACGCAGGCGUGAAGCCGGGAGCAUUUUCACUCUUGUGCGGGUGUCGUGCGUUGCCGAGCUUGGGAGGGAGAUGGAGGGAGAUGCGAGGGGUGCGCGACCGUCCCUGAUGUGUUAGGAUUGUAGCAGAAGACAGAGACCAUCCUUCUAAUCUGCCUGCACACCUGCCCCCACAGCCCUGUGGUUUGGGGGUGGUUACAGUACCCUUCGGGCUGACUUGGGGACACAGACAUUAGAUUUUCUGCUUUCAGAAUUUCGACUAAGAGGUUCUAGAAUGUAAACAGGUUUUUUUCAUUAAUGAAUACUUCAAGGCUCUAUAAAUGUUGGAUUAAAUUCUGCACACGCACGCCUGCUCAUGUUAUUUUUCCCGUUUCUUUUUUUAUACCCCAGUGGCAGGGGCCGGGGAAGGAAGGAGCAGCGGGUUGGGGCCUGCGGGCCCGUCGCAAAGGGCACGUCGGGGCGUCCAUUCUUCCCUUGGAGCUUUUUCUUCUCAGUUUUUUC